GUCAGUUCCGGGCUGCGCGCUGUCGAGUUGAGAGAUCAACAUCAGGCAGCUCCUGUUUUAAUGACAUUCACUCUCUGCCCGUCCUGAAAAAUCCCUUCAGUUUAGCAGAAGUCUACUCUGUGAAGAUAGACAUUUAAAGCAUCAUCUGAAGCGCACACUUAGGAGGAUGAACUACAUCUGGGAGGUAGUGGGCAGACAGCCGACGGGCCAGCAGCCGAGCGGCGCGGACACCGUUCAGAAACUGUGUGACCGCGUGGCUUCAUCAACCCUUCUGGAGGACCGGAGAGAUGCGGUGCGUGCCCUCAAGUCUCUGUCCAAGAAAUACCGAAUGGAGGUCGGCACGAUGGCUAUGGACCAUUUGGUUCGAAUCCUGCAGAGUGACCGGACAGACACUGAGAUCUUGGGUUACGCUUUGGACACUUUGUACAAUAUAGUUUGCAUUGAUGAAGAGGAGGAACCAGCAGAUGAUUCUGAAGAGGAGAGCCAGCAGAAGCAGGAGGAUGAUUUAGGAGCUCAGUUCAGUGAGAAGUUCAUCGGGGAACCAGAUAAUAUCACUCUUCUCCUCACACUGCUGGAGGAGUUUGACUUCCAUGUGCGCUGGCCGGGUGUGAAGCUGCUGACCGCUCUCCUGAAGAGCCAGUGUGCUCCGGUCCAGAGCAUCGUCCUGGUCAGCCCCAUGGGAGUGUCCAGGUUAAUGGAUCUUCUUGCUGACUCCAGAGAAGUCAUCCGUAAUGAUGGUCUCCUGCUGCUGCAGCAGCUCACCAAAGGCAACACUGCGAUUCAGAAGAUCGUGGCUUUUGAAAACGCCUUUGAGAGGCUUCUUGAGAUCAUCAAAGAGGAGGGGUCGAGCGAUGGAGGCAUCGUGGUGGAGGACUGUCUCUUAUUGCUGCUCAACCUCCUGAAGAACAAUAGCUCCAACCAGAAUUUCUUUAAAGAAGGCUCCUAUAUCCAGAAGAUGAAGCCGUGGUUCGAGGUGGGAGAUGACAACUCCGGCUGGUCAGCACAGAAGGCCACCAACCUCCAUCUGAUGCUGCAGCUGGUGCGAGUGAUGGUUUCUCCAGUGAACGCUCCGGGGGCCACGGCCAGCUGUCAGAAGGCCAUGUUCCAGUGUGGGCUCCUCCAGCAGCUGUGCACCAUCCUCAUGGCCACAGGUGUUCCUGCAGACAUCCUCACAGAGACCAUCAAUACGGUGUCAGAAGUCAUCCGUGGCUCUGAAGUGAAUCAGGACUACUUUGCAUCUGUUAACGCACCAUCCAAUCCACCAAGGCCGGCGAUUGUAGUUCUUCUCAUGUCGAUGGUGAACGAGAGACAGCCGUUCGUUCUGCGCUGUGCUGUACUUUACUGCUUCCAGUGCUUCCUGUACAAGAACCAUAAAGGACAGGGCGAGAUCGUAGCCACACUGCUGCCCUCCACUAUAGAUGCUAGCUCGAUCUCCGCGGGGCAGCUGUUGUGUGGAGGGCUGUUCUCAGCGGACUCUCUGUCAAACUGGUGUGCGGCUGUGGCUCUGGCUCACGCUCUGCAGGAUAACCUCACGCAGAAAGAGCAGCUGCUGCGUGUACAGCUGGCCACCAGUCUGGGCAAGCCUCCCGUCUCCCUCCUCCAGCAGUGCACCAACAUCCUCUCCCAGGGCGAUAAGCUCGAGCGGCGGGGCAGUCGUGUGCAGACGAAGGUCGGUCUCCUCAUGUUGCUCUGCACCUGGAUCACUAACUGUCCAAUCGCUGUCAUGCACUUCCUGCACAAUCAAGACAACGUUCCCUUCCUGACGGCUCAGAUCUCAGAGAACCAGGGUGAGGACGAGCGUCUGGUUCAGGGUCUGUGUGCUCUGCUGCUGGGCAUCUGUAUCUACUAUAAUGACAACAGCUUGGAGAACUACACCAAAGAGAAGCUGAAGCAGCUGAUCGAGAAGCGCAUAGGAAAGGAAAACUUUGUGGAGAAGCUGGGCUUUAUAACGAAACAUGAGCUGUACUCGCGUGCUGCUCAGAAACCUCAGCCCAUCUUCUCGGCUCCAGAACACAUGCUGUUCGAUCACGAGUUCACCAAACUCAUCAAAGAGCUGGAAGGAAUGAUCACAAAAGCUGUGCUGAAGUCGAGCGAGGAGGAGAAAAAGGAAGAAGAGGUGAAGAAGACACUAGAACAGCAUGACAGCAUUAUAACGCAGUACAAUGCUCUGAUUAGAGAACAGGACGGUCAGAUACAGGAGCUGAAGGAGCAGGUGUCUUCGCUGAGCUCCCAGAGCGAGAUGCUGCAGAACACCGUCACACAGCAGCUCUCUCAGAUCCAGCAGCACAAGGACCAGUACAACAUCCUCAAACUCAAGCUCGGUAAAGACGCUCCUGUGAACGGCCUGCAGACGGAGGAGCAGAGCCAGCUCCGAGAACAGCUGGAGGAUCUGCAGAGACAACACCAGCGGCUGCAGACACAGCUGACGGAGAGAGACGCCCUCAUCACCGGCCUGAAGGAGGCUGAGGUCACACCGUCGACAGACAGAUCAUCUUCAGACGUCACAGAGUUACAAAGGGAGCUGGAGGAUCUGAGAGCUCAGCUGCAGAGUCAGAGCGCAGAGAUCACCGAGCUCCAGAGAGAGAACCAGGAGCUUCUCCGAGCAUCACACGCCACAGGUUCAGAGGUCGGAGUGUGUGAGGAGUUAGAGAGCAGACUCUCGGCUCAGACAGCAGAAGCUCAGAAGCUCAAGGAGGAAGUUCAAGCUCUUCUGCAGAGGAAGGAGGUGAUGGAGAAGGAGCUGUCUUCGGCCUCGAGCAGCGCUGCCAUCAUGGAGACUGAGAAGAGCCAGCUCCAGCACGAGCUGCAGGAGUCCAAGAAGGAGCAGGACGAUCUCCUCAUGCUGCUGGCUGACCAGGACCAGAAGAUCCUGAGCCUCAGACACAGACUCAAGGCUUUGGGAGAGACGAUUGAAGAUGAGGAUGAUCUGGAUGCUAGGGACCAGUUUUACGAUGAUGAUGAUGACGAUGAAGAAGAGGGUGAUGAAUAAAGUAUUGACUUCAUAGUGGAGGUGAAAGACUGCUGAAAGUCUCCUGACACACUUGGAGACAGAGAUCGAAGACCUCGGACCAUAGAGAUGAUCUUCUGGUUUUUAGAAGAUAAACCUGUUUCUUUAUUUUCUUCGCACCUGCUUUUUAAUUUGUAGAAUUUGUUUUGCAGUGGAACACUGUUGCAUUUCAGAGAAGCUUCAGGUUUAUCCGGAUCAUAAACGCAGAUCAUCUUACGUCCUGCUGGCACACCGUCUGUGAUUCUGGACGGAAAAUACAGAGAAGAUCUGUGUGGAGCAGACCCCAGAGAGAGCUCUUCUUCUUCUCUGUUUUACAGAAGAUGCUCGGACUGUUAUUCCUCUGCAUUCACAGAUCAGGAUCAGACAACACUGCUGAAGUCCCACUGAAUGAUGGGAUACCAGACGCUUUCAGGUUCCUCUUACACUGGAGAGCUAAUGUGCACAAUUUGAUUUCGCCUUAAUUUAUGGAUAAAUGAGCCUCCUCAGAAUAAACGACAGAAAUGCUUGUGUGUGGUGUCUUGCGUGUACAGCUGUAUUUGAGGAUGUUUGCGAUGCUGAUAACUUCAAAUAGAAUUUUUUGAAAUGUAUUCAUGGUCAUGUUUGAAAAUGAGUUAUCUAGUGGUUAGGGUUAGGGUUAAAAAUUCUUCAGAAAACACUGUCUGAGGGAGAAAAACCCUGCUGUAGUAUAAUUAAAUAUUUGCUGUGUACGCUACAGUUAAAACAUUUAGAAUCACAUCAUUUUAUGUUCUGAAAAAAAAAAGGUAGCACUAAAAUCAAGUCAAAAGAAAUAGACUAAAAUUAAUGUUUGUAUGGCUCUUUCUGCACUGAAUCCCCUGGACUGUGGACGUUUGGUGGGUUUCUAUCGAACACAGAACAGCAUUAUUAUUCUGCAUCAUUCAUGAUCAUACAUCAGUGUAAAUGAAUGAGUAGAAUAGAGUAUAGAUGUUUGAAGAGAGAUUGACUCAGCAGUGCGGUUCUAACUCUGACCAGCAGGGGGACACGGGCCAGAUCUUUUGAUAACACUUUACAAUAAGCUCCUAUUAGUUAACAUGAGUUAAUGUAUUAACAAUGAGCGAUAGCUUUAUCGCAGUAUUAAAAAAGCUUCAGAGUUAUUUUUCAAUGUUAGCUCGUAUUAACUAAUACUUAUGUGAUGUCAGUAAAUUAAAACUUUUUUUUAAAGU